CACAUCCUCAUCUGUCAUAUUCCUUAAAAUUUAGAUGAUUUAGAUAAAUAUUUGUUUAUAUAUGUAUUAAAAACUUGUAUUUAACGAAAGUGAAUUAAUUUUUUUAUUUUCUAUAUACAGUACUAUUAAGUUAUUUGUGAUUAUAUAAAGGAAUCGUUUUAACAAAGUUUUUUUUUUUUUUGAAUUUUAUGGAUUCUAUCAUUAAAAAAAGAAAACAAACUUCAAAUGGAAUAAAUUAUAAUAAAAUGGGCAAUACAUCGAAAAAAGAAUUAAAAAAUAGUGUCGACGAAAAAAAAGAAGCAACAAUAUAUGAAUUUGUUAAUAAUAAACGAAAGGCAACAGACGAAUUAAAUAAUAAUGAAAAUAAAAAAAGAUGUGGAGAAAUUUCUAAAAUAUCAAGUACCAAAGAAUCAAUUGAUAAAAAUAAAAAUUCCUUUGAAAUUAAUUGGAAAAGACAAAAAAAAUUUCACAAUUUUUUUGAUCAACUUGAACAUUCAUAUCCGCAUCGUUUAAUUAAUUUUAUGUAUAAAUUAGAAUUAUCUGUUUUAUGUUUAUUGAGAAAAUUCAAUUCUAAAGAACAAAUAAUAUUUAAACGUUCAAAAAUGGGACAAUUUAAUGAUAUUAUAAUGCAUUAUCAGGAGAAAUAUAUUUGCAUUAAAAUCGAAUAUAUUGAUACGUAUUAUAUAAAAAAAAGUUUGAAUUUCAAUUCAUUAUUUUCGACAAAAUUGGGAAAUUUUACAUUAAAAAAUUAUCUCAAUGAAUUUGCUGAAGAAUUACUUAAUUCAGAAUCUUUAUUGCAUUCGGCGAAAUAUUUAAUAAUUUAUACAAAUUCUGCUUUUGAUUUAACGAAUGAUAAGAAAUUAGUACAAAUGGACGAAACACUUCAACUUUGUAGUGUAAAUACAGAAAUUCACAAUGAUUUAUUAAAAUUAUUUUCAACCAAUAACGAAAGUAAUUGUGAAUUUUAUCAAUUUGCCAAUAAUACAGAAACAAGAAAUAAAUUAUUAAAAAUGGUGAAAUUUACCAAAAGUAUUGAAACAAAAAUAAAAACAAAAUUAUCUUUGAAUGAGAUAAAAAAUUUAUUUUGGGAUAAAUUAAUAUUCGCCGUUAAUCAAUCGACAAUUGAGGAAUUAAUUGACACUGUAAGAUGUGAAAUUAAAGGAAAAAAUGAAGAUUUAAGUCAAUUAAAAAAAGAAAUUUUUCAACAAUUAUUAUCUGAUAAUGAAAAUAAAAAAGGAAAAAUUUAUCAAAAUUUAACAUCAGCUAAUUAUAUUUUUAAUUUAUUCAUCUAUUGUUUGCAUGACAUGUUUUUAUAUAAAGACAUAAAUGCCAUUAAAUUUAGCGAAAAAAUUGAAUCACUUGAUAUUGUGAUAAAUUUACGUAAAAAUAAUUAUCUCAAUUUACGUGCAAUUGAUGGAAAUAUUUGUGAAUUAUCAUCAAUUGAAUUUGACAAACAACGUGAAAUUUUUUCUCUUAAUUCACAAUUUUUAUAUUUUAUUCAAGAAUUAGAUGAAGAUUUGGAAUAUUUUAUUAUUUAUACAAAUGGAAAUCUUGAAUUUCUCAAUGAAUUAAUUUUGGGCAAUAAAAAAUUUGAUACAAUUUAUCAGCAAAUAAAUGUGAGUGAUGAAAAAUAUUUUUCACUAAGAAAUUUGUAUAUUGAUGUGAAAAAUCUUUAUCAAUUCAAACAUGGUGAAACGAGAAUGAAACUUGCAAAAUUUCUUAAUAUUUUUUCUCAUCUAACAAAUAAAAUAAAUGAAACAUUUUCUCAUUUGUCGAAAAUGGAAUUGAAAGAAUUAUUUUUUGAUAAAAUUAUUUUUGCCGUUGAACAAUUUAAUUCUAAUGAAAUGUAUAAAGUUUUAAAUAAGGAAAUAGAAAUUUCACGUGUACCCUAUAAUUGUGAAGAAUUGUGUAAAAUUGGAUUUCGUUAUUUAAUGUCAAGGAAUUAUGAUUUAAUAAACAAAAAAUUGAUUUGUGAAUUAAGAAACAAAAUUGAAAUUAAUAACAUUUGUUUUGAUGAAGAAAUAAAAUUAGCUGAAUGUAUUCUUAUUUUAAGAGAUGCGCCUGAAUUUUGUCAAUUUGUGGAUUUUUUAACAAAAAAAGGAAAAAUUUAUUUAAAUAAUUUGCGAAAAAAUGGGAUUGAAAUCUCUGAUUUUGGUAAUAUUAUUAAAGGAACAAAGAAAAAAAAGGUGGAAAAAAUUUUUUACGAUUUAUAUUAUUUAUGGUUUGAUAAAAAAGGUAAUAAGACGAAAUUUUUAAAGAAUUUUGAAAAAAUGGGAUUUUUUGUAAACAACAUUUCAACGAUUCUUAAUGGUUCGGGAUCAAAGGGUCCAAAUAUUUUUAUCUCUUUAUAUGAUCUUUGGUUUGAUAAUAAUGAAAAUCCAACAAUUUAUUUAAAAUCACUAAAAAAUGAAGGAAUUAAUUCAGGUGAAAUCACAAAUCUUCUUAAAGAAACUGGAGUAAAUUGUUUGUACGAAUUCAAAUCACUUUAUACACAUUGGUUCGAUGAAAAUGGUGAAAAAACUCAAUGUUUAAAAAUUUUGGAAAAACAUGGAAUCAAUUUAUUUAUUGUCUACGAUAUUUUAUAUGAAUCAGGACCCAGUGAUGUAAAUAAAAUAUUACAUUUUCAACAUUUAUUUCAACUUUGGUUUGAUAAAAAUGGUGAGAAAACAUUUCGUUUGAGAAAAUUGAAAGAGAGGGAAAUAAAUUUAAAACAAAUUUGUCGAAUAUUAAAAGGAUCGGGAAAAGAUGCAGCAGUGGCUUUUCAAAAAUUAUACUAUCUUUGGUUUAAUCAUAGAGAGGAAGAAACUUUCUAUUUAAAAAAAUUGGAAAAUGAAAAUGUUAAUCUCACAAUAAUUUUUGAUAUUUUAACAAAAACGGGUAUUCAUGUUUCAAAAGUUUUUAUCAAUCUCUAUUCACAUUGGUUUCAUGAGAAUGGUGAGAAAACUAAUUAUUUAAAAAUUCUCGAAUCAAAUGAAAUUAAAUUAUCCGAUAUUUGUGAACUUUUAAUUGGUGAAGGUGAAAUGGCUACAAAAAAAUUUCUCAAUAUUUUCCAUUCACUUGAUUCACCAAUAAAAUUGGAGAUUAAUGACGAAAUUUUAUCAAUUAAACAAGAAACAUUUGACGAAAAUAGAAACGUAAAAAUUGAAAUUGAAAGUAUUUCUAGUGAAUCUUUAAUUGAUGAAAAAUACGAAAAUUGUGAAGAUGAAAUUGCAAAUAUCAAAUUUGAAAUUGAUACUGAUUUGGAAAGUGAAGAAAAAGUUCCCACAGAGAAAAUGCAAAAUGAUAAAAAUGAAUUGGAUCGAAAAAUUAAUUUUCUUUUUAAACUUUUUAAAAGGAAACAAAAAAUGAAAAAAAUACUUCGUGUUAUUAAUAAUGGAGAAAAAUUAAAUAGAUUUCUUGAAAAAAAAUUGAGAAAAAAUAAAAUCAAUCAAAAAGAAUUUCAGGAUUUAAAUUCAUUAAUUAAUUAUGGUCCAUUUACAAAAAGAAAAUUAAAUGAUCAGAUUAAAAAAUUCUCAUGUAACAAGAAGAAAAUUAAAUUUAUAAAAUUUAUUUUCCCUAACGAUGAUUCUUUAGAAUUUGAAGAACUGUUAAAUUUUCUUCUUCACGGUGAUGGGAAAAAAUAUUGGAAAAUUAUGAAAAAAAAUAAAAUCUCUUGGAAAUGUAUGGGAAAAAUUUUCAAAGGAUCUAAAAAUAUUAUUAAAGGAUUUAGUGAAUUGAUAAAAAUUUGGUUUGACGAAAAUGGUACACAGAGAAAGUGUUUAAAAAUUUUGAAAAAAGAAAAUAUAAAUUUACAAAUUAUCAUUGAAAUUCUCAUUGGUUCGGGAAUUAAUGCGGCAACAAUUUUUGAAAAAUUAUACCAACUUUGGUUUAAUUUCAAAGGCAAUAAAACCGAACAACUUCAAAAUCUCGAAGAAAAUAAUAUUAAUUUAAAGUGUAUUGUAAAUAUUUUAGUUGAAAAAGGAGAAAAAGCACCUGAAAUUUUUGUGAAUUUUUACAAUUUUUUAUUCGACGAAAGAGGAAGAAAGUGGAAUUAUUUGAAAAAUUUGGAAAAAGAAACAAAAUUGGAUGCAGUAUUUGAAAUUAUGUGUGAAAAUGAAAUGGAUUUUAAUUGUAUUAAAGAAUUAUAUGAUCUUUGGUAUGAUUCAAAGGGAAAUAAAUCUUAUUCUCUUUGUAUUUUGCAAGAAGCUGAUGUUAAUGUAAAAUGUUUAUUAAAUCUUUUAAAAGGAACGGGAUCAUACGCAAGUGAAAUAUUUAUUAAAUUAUUUCUCUAUUUAUUCGAUAAAAAUGGAAAUAAAACUCUGAAUAUGUUGAAUAUUGAAAAAAUUGUAGAAUUAAGAGCAAUGUUUGAAAUGAUAAGUGGAGCAAAAAAAAAAGUUUAUAAAGAAUUUUUGAAAUUAUACAACGUAUGGUUUGAUGCAAAUGGAAAAAAAACGAAUCGACUUUUAAUUUUGGAGAAAAAUGAAAUAACUUUAAUGGACAUUGCGGAAAUAUUAAGUGAAUCGGGAAAGAAAGCUGUUAGGAGAUUUAAAACACUUACCGACUGUGUUACUGAGGAGAAAUUAAAAAAAUACGAAUUAUUUAUUGAAUUAUUUGAAAAAAAGAAGAAAAAGAAGUAGACUAAUAGAAAUCAGUUUUUAGAAUUUAAAAGAAUUGUAUCUAAUACAAUUGUUGAUAAUUUUUAAUUUUUAACGUUAUUUUAAUUUUGUACAUGAGAAUAAAAAUGUUUUUUUUUUUUUUAUAAAUAAUUAUGAGCGGCGAAUAUAUAUUUUUUUAAUGUUCAAUUUAAAAAUUUGUUAACUACAAAAUAAAACCAAUUAUUAAA